ACCGGACAGACACACUCUCUAUCCUCCACACAGACGGGUUUACACACGAAGGGGAGCGGUGUGAGAGCCGCUUGCCGGGACGGUUUCACUUAUUUAUUUAUUUUUUUAUCAAUGCCGCGACCUAGCUUUUCUUUAAAAUAAACUUUACUGUAAAAGUUUGAUCAACUUAACAACGCGUCGUCCGGUGUUCAUGUCCACGAGCUAACAGUUAGGAGUCAGCUCAGCGCAGAGGCUACUCAGGUGUUCAACUACACGGAGAAGUUUAUGUAGCCUAUGUUAGCUUUGUUGCUAACUAAUUACUAAUUAAGCUAACGUUAGAAGGAAGACUCCUCUCCGUCUUUUUUGUCGUGUCCAAUAUCUCCAGUUUCCAACUUGGUUUCGUUUUCCUCCUUCUGCUCAUUGGACCUAAAAUACCAAGUGGCCAAGUUUGAACAGGUGCCAGGAUGGAUGAGACGGAGAAGUACAAUCAGCGACUGAAGGCCAUUGCUGAGAAGCGUCGGCUGCAGGAGGAGCAGGACAGAGCCAGGAGAGACAUGGAGGAUGAGAAGCUCAGACUACAGCAACUCAAGAGGAAGUCUCUGAGGGACCAGUGGCUAAUGGAGGGAGCUCCCUUGUCCCCGACCUCCCAGAGCCCCCGCUCCCCCCUUUGGGGCGCCCAGGAAAAUGAAAAGUUGCAGUCAGAGAGUCCGCAGUCGGAAGAGGAGGAAGAGAAGCUGAAUGAACAGAUGAAGCAUGGCAAAACAGAGGCAGUGAAAGUGGCUGAAGCUGGAGCAGAAAUGGUUGUGCAGAAUGGAGAAAACAAUGCAAUAGGAUUGGAUAAAGUAAAGACAACCCAAAGCGCACGACUGGAUGAAACCGCAGCUGUCCUUACCAAUGGUGGAGGAGACUUAAAAGCAGACCCCAAUCACAACACUACCACCACCAACGGACCAGUUUCAGCCUCUGAGGGUGUUAUUAGCCUGACAUUGGAGCCUGAGUUAACCCUGGGUGUUUUUGAGGAAGAGCCUGGUCGGCUUCUAAAUGUCAACAUUAAUGGGGAGGAGGACGAAGGGACUGUGGUGAUGAGAGCAGAAUGUGUGAUCAUCACAGAUGAAGGGGAUGAUGUACUUAAGGAUCUUGCACCACAGGAAGAUCAGAAGGAGACCAUGCAGUCAGAGGAAACCCCUCGGCCAAAUCCAGAAGGAAGCCAAGAUGGAGGGGAGGCUGUGGAGGAGGUAAAAAGAACAGAAGCCACUCCAGAAGCUUUCACACAACCAGAGAAGAGUGAGGUAACUGAACGCAUUGCGGAGGCACCGCCAGCAACUGGAGAUGGAGAUGUGCAGGGUGGCAUGAAGACCAACGAAAAUGGAGAUCGAGAAACGAAAAGUGAAGGACAGCACAGACAAUGGGAAGACCAAACCUCUGUGCAGGUGCAGUCCCCAGCCACUGCUCUAGAGGGCACUGCAGUGGUUUUGUUUCCAGUCUACUCUAAGGUGCAACCCUCCGCCACCCUCGAGCUAGAGGCUGAGGCAGCAUUAAAAACCCAAGACCCUGCCCCUCUGCCUGGCCAAUUCCAGGAGGUGCCCCUGGCCGAUCCCCAGGAGAUCCAGAGGACAGAAGCAAGGCUGGAGGAGAAGGAGCCCCUUCUGUUGCAGGCCAAAGCCCCCGACACCCAAGCAAAGCCAGCAGCAGCUGCCUGCACAGAGACACACAGCCCGACCAGGGCUAGCCAGGGAGAGGAGACCCAGGCACCCAAACACAAAACCUGCCAGUGCUGCUCUGUUAUGUAAAUGCCCUCUCUGUACAUUCAUAUCCAGUCUCCCUUUAUACUCUGUCCCUCUGCUCUUUAUUUCAUAACACACUCCUUCUCUCAUCUCCUUGUUUUAUGCACCCAUCCUUUUUCUGUCUACAAGCGACUUCAUUUUCCUCCCCUACUCUCUGUCCUCAUUUGUUGUAUUCAUCUCGUAUCCCACUCUUAAAUUUGGAUAAUCCAAAGGAAGUGAGCUCUCGACUCCAACGUGAAGACGGGGCGGGGGGCAUGGACUGGACUUGUCAGUGUUUAAGUGCCUCGAGGAGCUCUUUACCCAGAACUACACUUUUACAUUUUCUUUUUUUUCACACAAUGUGGACCAAAAUGAGUGUGUGGUUUUUUUGGGAGGUUGUUUGAUUUAAUUUUUCUGAUUAGCAGAUGAGCCAGCCAAUCUACAUAUGAUCAUAAAACCCACAUAUUAAAGAUGUAUUUUAAACUGUUGUAUCUACAUGUAUAAUUCAUUGGGGAUUUUUCAUAAUCUAAAUAUGACAUUCAAUGUCCAAAGAUUUGGAAAGGUUCAGAGGUUUUUCUUCUAAUUGAAUGACUCUAUAACGCUGAAUUAAUUUUUGAUUCUGGACUUUUGUGAGAGAUGCUUUUAAUCCAAGUAUAGGGCCUCAAUAUUUUAUUCACUCUGUUUUAGGUUUUGACAAUACACAGACUGAUAGUAUGAAAUGGCCUUUUUAUAAACCAGUGUGCACCACUGAAUAUUUGGUGGGAUGUUGUCAGAUUUAAAAGAUAAAUUAUUUUAAAAUGCCUGACAGUAUGCAUUUGAUAUUUUUAUCAGAUGUGCUUUUGAAAGAGAUGUUCGAGGGCCCCUGACAUAGCUCUGUGCAUGGCUGUAUUAACUGUAUACAAAAACGUGGAGUUGAGUGUCUGAGAUGUCAGCUUUGAAAUGAUUGAUUAAUGGUUUAAUGAUUAAACUGACAUUUGUGAUACAUUG